AUGAAGACCUAUAUGCCACUCGGGGCAACCAUCCUUGCCAUCUUACCUAUGGCUCAUGGUACUUCCCCUACCCCAACUGUCACUAUAGCCUCGCCUGCGGCUACGAUAAUUGGAUUAGCUGGCGAGACCGAACAAUUUCCUGGCAUACCCUUCGCUAAGCCUCCGGUUGAAAAUCUCCGCUUCAAGCCCCCUGUACACUUGACCGAGCCUUAUGGGGUCUACAAAGCUACAAAAAACAAGAAUAUCUGUCCACAAUUCAUCGCCAGCACGACAGACGGAAAUUCCCUUCUCCCGCAGUUCUUCGCCACUCUGAUCAAUAGCCCCAUAUUCCAGAAGCCGGUUCUCGCAGCCAGCGAAGACUGCCUUUACCUCAAUAUUCAUCGACCGGUGGGCGCCAAAGAGGGGGCCGACCUUCCUGUCCUCUUCUACAUUUACGGUGGUGGCUUCCAACUAGGCAAACCUAUGAUUGUGGUGACCGUCGCCUAUAGAAUGGGAGGAUUUGGAUUUCUUCCUGGUCGAGAAAUCCAGGAAGAGGGAUCGUCCAACGCGGGGCUUUUAGAUCAACGCCUGGGCCUGCAGUGGGUUGCAGACAAUAUUCGUGCGUUUGGAGGGGAUCCUGCGAAAGUCACGAUUUGGGGUGAGUCUGCUGGGGCCUGGUCUGUCUUUGACCAAAUGGCCCUAUAUUCUGGCAAUAAUACCCAUAAUGGAGAAUCCCUAUUCCGCGGGGCCAUUAUGAAUUCAGAUUCAUUCCUAGCAGCGGACGCAACAGACUGUCCGAAAGCUCAGGGGAUCUACGACAACGUCGUCGACAGUGCGGGUUGUUCGGCGGCUGUAGAUACGCUGCAAUGCCUUCGCAACCUUGACUAUACCUCUCUACUCAAUGCCACGAGCUCUGUUCCAGCCAUGCUAGGCUACCAAUCCCUCGCGCUUUCCUACCUCCCUCGUCCUGAUGGAGUUGUGCUGGCAGAAUCACCAGACCAAUUGGCUUUGAAAAACAAGGUCGCCAAGGUCCCUUACAUUGCUGGUAGUCAAGAGGAUGAGGGGACGCUCUUUGCCCUUUUCCAGUCCAACAUUACAGAGGAGAGGGUGCUUGUGGACUAUCUUGGCAACGUCUUCUUUCCAAACGGUUCUAAGCAAGUCCUCAAUGAGUUCGUCUCACUGUACGCCGACAUUAGCAAGGAUGGCGCCCCUUUCCGCACAAGGAAAUGGUGGAACGUCUACCCCGAGUUCAAACGAUUGGCCGCUAUCAUCGGGGACCAUGAGUUCUCACUCAGUCGGCGCAUUUUACUGGAGGCGUCGGAGUCUAUGAGCCCAGACGUUCCAACCUGGUCAUACAUGAGCUCUUAUGACCACGGAACACCGGUCCUGGGUACCUUCCACGGGAGCGAUCUUCUCCAAGUUUUCUUCGGCAUCCUACCAAAUUAUGCGUCGGACGCGUUCCACGCGUACUAUAUUUCGUUUGUCAACUCACUAGAUCCAAACGACGGUAACGAUGGUAAAUAUGGUCACUGGCCGCAGUGGAGUGAGAGUCACCGACUGCUAAAUAUGUACGCUGAUCACUCAGAGUUGAUUCCUGAUGACUUCCGCCGUGAGGCCGCAGCGUUUCUCAAGGACAAUAUUCAGAAUUUCCGACUAUAA